UCUUUUGCUUCGAUUUGGUGAAUGUUUGAUAUUCACUAUGCUGCAUUUCCUCAACAUACUAAAUCCUACUUGUUGGGGGUUGUUUCAUUAACGGUGUUAUAUACUUUUAUUGUGAAGAAGCUAACUUGUAAGACUCAAUAAGCUGUAGUUUGUAGUAGUAGCCCUGGUUACUCAUGUUAUCUGUAUACGCGUGCGUGCGCCUCACGUCAUCAUGUCAUUCAAAUUGAAAGCGAGUGGUGAUCGUCCAGAAGUCCGGGCAGAACGCUUUUAGACUCUUUGUAACGAUUUUUUUAAAUUAUCCUGAUCACUUCGUUAUAUGAACAGAAAAGUGUUACGCCUUUUCUCCAUGUGGCUUCGGAGUCUUUACGGCUCCGACUAUGGCACGAAAGCAAGUUAGCAGGAAGAGGAAGGCAACGGUAGCUCCGGCAACAGCUGUAGAAGGGCCUCCCAAUGAACAGUUUAUUUCAGAACCUCCUCCAAACAAAAGGAAGAAACUUCCUCCUACAAAACGAUCAUUCAUCUACUAUUUGAAAGGCAGAGAGGCCAAACUGCAGAAUGAGUUGGGCUACCAGAAAGCUUUACGUGUUUAUACGGCCCACAAGCUGCCUGCUAUACUGAAGGAGAGAGAAUAUCAGCUGGGAACGCUCAACAAAGUAUUUGCAUCUCAGUGGUUGAAUCAGCAGCAAGUAGUUUGUGGGACAAAAUGCAACACAUUGUUUGUGGUCGAUGUUCUCAACAGUCAGAUUACAAAGGUUCCUAUGCUGAAAGAUCAUGAGCCACCUGUUGAUUCAUUAGACCAGUUAGGGUGUGGAAUUCAUGCAAUUGAGUUAAAUCCAUCAAAGAGUCUGUUGGCUACUGGAGGAGACAAUCCUAAUAGCUUAGCAGUGUAUCGUUUGCCCAAACUUGAUCCCGUGUGCGUGGGAGAUAAUGGGCACAAAGACUGGAUCUUCUCAAUUGCUUGGAUCAGUGAUACCAUGGCUGUUUCUGGUUCACGAGAUGGUUCCAUGGGCCUUUGGGAGGUGACUGAGGAUGUGCUGAACAAGGCGGACAUCAGGCAAAAUUUUUCUAUUCAACCCUGUUAUACUCACAUAACACACAGAGCACUGAAAGACAUUCCUAAGGAAUAUACUAACCCUCACAACUGCAAAGUUCGUGCACUGGCAUUCAACAGCCAAAACAAGGAUCUGGGAGCAGUGUCUUUGGAUGGCUACUUUCACCUCUGGAAGGCAGAUCACAAUCUUUUAAAGGUUCUUUCAACCAAGCUGCCAUACUGCAGAGAGAAUGUUUGUUUGUCUUACGGUCAGGAGUGGUCUGCUUAUGCUGUGGGCUCUCAGUCACAUGUCACCUUUUUAGAUCCAAGGCAGCCACAAAGUAAUGUGAAGUCUGUGUGCUCCAGGGAACAAGGCAGUGGUAUACGAUCAGUAAGUUUCAAUGAACACAUAGUUACAGUGGGGACAGGACAAGGAUCUUUGCUAUUCUAUGACAUCAGAGCUCAAAGGUUUUUAGAAAACCCACAGUUUACUGGUAAUGGGUUGAAACGCAAGCUUUCACAGGAAAUGUUGAAGUUAAAAACUGGCAAAGGAUGGUUGAAUCAUGAUGAAACAUGGAGGAGCUAUUUCUCUGACCACUCUGUGUACCCGAAUGCAGUAUAUACCCAUUGUUAUGACUCUUCUGGAACAAAAUUGUUUGUAGCGGGUGGUCCUCUUCCUUCCGGCCUACAUGGCAACUAUGCCGGCUUGUGGAGCUAACAUCUUCAAUUUCAUAGAUUUGUCACAUGAUUUUUUUUGUUUUGUUUUUGUUCAUUGUAUAAAACUUUGUUACCUAGUCAGAUGAUUUUAUGAAACUUUGCUUGACAAGUUUUGUAGACAUUUAUUUAGUUUUGCUUUUUGUUAAGGGUGAAAUUUUGAUUUAUUUUAAACUGUUUUAUUUGACUCAUCUGAGUUGUAUUUCCAUAAAGCAGUCUCCCCUCUCCAUAGGUUUGAGGAUGGAGUUUUAUAUUCUCUUGAGCCACUCCUGGAUUUUCUGUGAAAGUCUGGAAGGCUAUAAUGUAUAUAGUAGUUACCUUGUAUCAUUGAAGUAUCGACAAAUAAAAAUAAGAUUGCCAGAGCGGAUGUUUUCCUUUAUAUGUAAAUACAAGUUAUUUCACAGUUUUGUUUGUUUGAUCCUGUAUUUAAAUGGAUUUGUUGACUGUGAAUAACAUUACCUGCUAAUAAAGCUGUAUGUAAUGUUUCUUA